AUGGGAAUAGCCUAUGAAUCUUUAUGUCUACCAAAUGCUACAGUGGAUUCAGGAUACGAUAAAAUUAAUGAACUACAAGCUGCUGAAGUUUUAUUAUCACUGGCCAAAGGUUCUUGCGAAAAUUGGUCAUUAUAUGCACAAGAUUUAUCAUCUAUCAAUCAAGAUUCAUAUUUUCCUCAAUAUCGAAAUAUGCUUAAAGAGACAGUUUUACAAAAUACAUUUGCGGAAGAUGAACAAAGAAGUAAUAAAUCUCAACCUUAUUUAACAUCAUUAGACAGAAAUUUACAUCGCAACAUAAAAUUUAAACUUCAUCGAAUUAAAUCGUUAACUUAUAAAAAAUCACAAUCAUCACCAUGUUUUGAGAAAUUUCAACAAACUCCAGAAACUAUCCCACCGCAGAAUGUUAAUUCACUUUGUCCUGCCGCCAGUACACUUAAUUUACAUAUAUCAACUACGUCGGUAGAAGAAACAUUAACAAAAGAACAACAAUCUUUUUAUCAUUAUCAAUCUUCAAUGAAUAAUUUAAACAAUAGUUGGUUAAACAAUCAACCACCUAUUCAAUGUAUUCAUCAUCAUCAUAAUAAUAAUGAAAUAUCUUGUGAUCAUCAAUCAAUUUCAUCAACAAAUCCAAUAAAUCAAUUGAUCAUUGAUCAACAACCAUCCAAUAAUCGAGUUACUUUUAAUCUACCAAAUGAUUAUGAACUUUCUUCAGCUAAUUCUUAUCCAAUCUCUACUCAUGUUAAUUAUCAUCAACAUGAUAGUGUUGAUAACCACUACCAUCAACAACAACAACAGUAUCAUCGUUUAGUUCAUAGUAAUUCUGAUUUGACCACAACAACAACAUUAUUACAUGCCAGCUCGUCAUCAUCAUCAUUAUUGUCAAUAUCGACUAAUGAUUCACUACACUCGUCAAAUUCAGAUUCACAACUUUUAAAAAUGAAUACAAAUGAUUUGCCACAAUGUUCUCUAUCAUCGUAUUAUUAUGAUCAAAUAAGGGAUAAACAAUUAUUUAAAGAGACAACAUUAUCGAGAAAUUCUGACAGUUAUUUAUCACUUAUUCCUAGACCACCAAGUAAUAAUACGCAUCAUAAUUCCAUCAAUCUGAACCAAAAUUGUCAAAAUUUCAAUCCAAUUGUAAUCAAUAAUACAACAACAAGUAUCAGUUUACAAGAUACAACAACUGACACAUCAUCGAAUUCAAUCUAUUCCAAUGUGAACUGUCCAACUGUUUCAUAUUGUACCAUGAUAACAUCAAGCAAUUCUAUUACUAACAAUGUCAGCAGUACCCUAGUGAAUAGUAACACUAGUAAUCCUGAUAAUAUUGAUAACAAUAAUAAUAAUAAUAAUAAUAAUAAUAAUAAUAAUAAUAAUAAUAGCUUAGAUAGAGUGAGAUCUUAUCGAUGCAAUUUUGAUGGUUGUACAAAAGCCUAUUUCAAAAGUUCUCACCUAAAAGCUCAUAUUCGUGUUCAUACAGGCGAAAAACCAUAUAUCUGUGAUUGGAAUCAUUGUAAUCGAAAAUUUGCCCGUUCCGAUGAAUUAUCCCGUCAUCGUAGAGCACAUACAGGUGAACGUAAUUUCAUUUGUCAACGUUGUCCACGACGUUUUACACGUAGUGAUCAUCUUAGUAAACAUUUACGACGACAUAAUUCACCUGUAUCGUCGUCAUCAUCAUCAUUAAAAGAAAAUUAAAAUGACUUGUGAAAUUAUUCAAUUUUUUUCAAAAUAUGUAUCAUAUUUGUUUAUGAUUGUUAUUUGAUAGAGUUACUUUCUUUUUUUUAUUUAUUAUUUGAAUGCUUCGCUGUUUUAUUUUUUUCCUUCUUUGUCCAUUCCCCAGUUCCGUACUAUUUGUGUUGAUUGUGUAAAUAAUCUCUCUCUCUCUCUCUCUGUGUAUGUAUGUCAACUGUACUAUAUCUCAAUAUCAAUAUUUAUGCCUAAUUCCAAACUGAUGAUAAUAUUAGUUAUCAUUUGAUCUUUUUUUUUGUUUGAAAAAAAGAGCAUACAGUUUGUGAAUGCACAUUGAUUCGUUUGUAAUAUGUCUAAAAUACUACCUACAUACCAGUGCACACACACUGCCCCCAAUGUGUACUCUGUGUGAGAUAGAUACAUUAACUUCUCUCCAUCUCUCCAUCUUUGUCUGUCUGUCUGUCUCUGUUCUGCUAUCUUGUAAUCCAUGUGAUAUAUGAACUAUUUGCGUUAUUGUGUUAACUCGAUAUCUGUGAAUUGUGAACUUGGAUAGAUCUUGUGGAAAAAACUACUACUUUUAUUAUUGUUUUAUUUCGUUCCUAUUUUAUACUUUUCUCUCUGUGUUGUUGCUGUUGUUUAUUGUUUAUUGUGUAUAGGGUUGGUUCAUUGAUGGCUUUGAUUAGAUUUUUUUGACUUACGCAAUAAUAACUCACUUCUUUCUUGUUUUAACAUUCAUAAUUUCAUUGGCCAUAUCUAUACCGUACUGCUUUCAUAUAUAUAUACAUAUGUAUAAUUAUUUUGUCUGUAUUUUUUCUCUGUUAUGAACCAAAGAUUGUGGCGUUGAUUAUUAUUAUUAUUUUACUAUUGUUAUUAUUACUACUGCUACUACUGUUAAUACUACUGAUUAUUUAUAGGUUGUAAAGUUUUCACAAGAUUUGUUUUUCCGCUUUCUCUCCCUACGUUAUACCGAUUGUUAUGUAAAUUGUUCAUGUUCAGAUUAUUUUAAGUAGUAUGAACAAUUUCUUGUUUAUUAAUUCUAAAUUCAUACUUUUUUUUAAAAAAAAUAAAAAAACAACGAUACUUCUUACAUGAA